CAGUUGUGCAGUGACUUUCUCCUCUCCACCUCUCCACCUCUCCCUCUCUCUCUCUCGACCGUGAGCUCACCCUCGCUCUCUGUCCCACCGUCCCCGUGGCCCCCGCCCUGCCCUUCUCUUCGUUGUAUCUUGACUAUUCUUCGUGUCUCUUCUUACACGCCUCGGCUGUCUGCUCGUGCGUCUCCACCGAGCUCGCUUCGCUGCAUCAGGCUUCGGCUCCGGCGAGUCCACUCCCCUGACGCUGCCCUUCGCAUUCGAGCUCCUUUGAGGCCAGCUGGUGCUGCAGGAGAGUCACGCGAGACUGUAACUCAAGCAUAAUACGCCAUCUUAAUACACCCCUGCCUACCCGCCCGCCCGCUGUAGGUUCCCGAGACGACACCAUGUCCGCCAGCCAUAUAUCAGCGAACAGGAACAGCACGCCCGAGGGCUCAUCCUCGCUCCGGCCGCCCGUCAACCGAACCUCGCUGGGGGCCGGCCACCACCUGCGUGCCUCUGCCGACAUGGGCGGCUUCUCCUCCCCUCUGGCGAACCGUGGCAUCCGCCCCGCCUCCGAGGUCUACUUUGGCCGCCAGAGCACCCAGUCGGGCAACCCAGAUGAGAUGGAGCGCGCCGCCCAGCAGUGGCUCGCCGACAUCGACCAGUACGAGAACACGCUCGAGGAGAUGGCCACGGCCACCCUCGACCAGGACUUCAAGGACGAGCUGAGCGCGAUUGAGCAGUGGUUCCGCGUUCUGAGUGAGGCCGAGCGCACUGCUGCCCUCUAUGCGCUGCUCCAGCAGACCACCCAGGUGCAGAUUAGGUUCUUCAUCCAGGUCCUGCAGCAGAUGUCCAAGAGCCUGCCCAUGUCUGGCGUGCUCUCUCCCGCCAACUUUGGCGAGAAGGACCCCAUGACCCAGAAGCUGAGCGACGCCAUGAGCAAGCUCAGCACUGGCGAGAACCGUCACUCGAUGAUGGGGCGCCCUCCUCCGUCCCCGGGCGCUGGAAAGCGUGCCUCGGGCCUGGACCCCUCCACCAUCCACCGCAUGUUCCCCGAUGCCGCCGCUGCUAUCGCCAAGCAGAAGUCCGAGUUCACUGAGGUCGUUGGCGUCCCUCCUGCGGCGAACCGCAACAGCACCAUCGUAGGCGACCGCAGCUCGAUGCUUGCUCCGACCAUCUCCGCCCCCGAGGAGAACAACAAGAGGGAGAACGCUCCUCCAGCCUCCCCCUGGAACGAGGGACAGUCUGCCCAACGUCCCAAGUCUUCCGGCCAGCAGCAGCAGCAGCAGCAGCAGCAGCAGCAGCAGCAACACCAGCAGCAGCAACACCAGCAGCCUCAACAGCAACAGCCUGCCAUGGGCCAGUUCACCGCUCCCCCGCCGUCCGCCGGCCUCCGCUCGCCCCGACUUCCUCUCCAGCAGGAUAACAGCAAUGUACAGACCACAACUCUCAACGCUCUCGAAGCCAACUCUUCGGGCAUGCCCUUGCUCUCUCCUGCAUAUGCGCCUGGUGGAAGCUGGGCGUCCCAGCUCAGCACUCCCAUGGUUGCCAACUUCGGUCAGCAAGCCAACCAGGCUGACAUGGUCGCCAAUGCCACUGCUAUGAAGCUCGCCGCUCUCUCUACCGUCAACAACCGCAUCCAGCUGGAUGAUGUCCGCAAAUACCGCCGCGCUCGAUCGUCGGACGGCCAUGGAGCUGGAAACGCUCCCUUGUCGCCAGGCUUCCCUCCUAUGGGCAACAACAUCCUCAUGACCAACGAGCUGGGCCAGGUGCUGACUCCUCAGCAAGCUGCCGCUCUCCAGGCCCACCAGCUCGCUGCCAUGAACGGUCGCCGCUCUCGCCCUGCUUCCCCCGGCAUCGCCAUGCAAGGCGGCAUGGGCGGUAUGGGCAACUUCACAUCGCCGCAAGCGAACGGAUUCUUGACUGCCGACUACGCCAACGCGGGCUUGAUGAACAACGGCAUGGGCGCAUUGAACCUCGGUCAGUUCGGCCUCGGUGGUGGAUUCGACAACCACAACAGCGGCUUCUUGGGCGACGAGAUCAACCGUGGCCGCUCACCACGCGGUCGCCGUGGUAGCUCCAAGCCCCCGGAGGAUCCCACCGAUCCUACCCUGCUACAGGAUAUCCCCAACUGGCUUCGUAGUCUCCGUCUGCACAAGUACACCGACAACCUCAAGGACCUGAAAUGGCAGGAGCUUGUUGAGCUGGACGAUGCAGGCCUAGAGGCUCGCGGUGUCAAUGCACUGGGUGCCAGGAGGAAGAUGUUGAAGGUAUGUUACUUUGUCUGCAGUUUGACAAUGUUUUGCUAACAAACAAUGUAGGU